CGCGGGACCUCGCGUCGCACCGCAAGAGUCGGCCGCCGAGAACGAAAAGCUCCGGCAAAAGGUCGCCGAGCAGAGCGAGUUCAUUGAGACGCUCCAGUCGCUCCUCGCCAAGCGCCCGCGCCUCGCCGUGUUUGAGAACGACGAGUGGAAGGCCCUCCGGCUCGUGGCCGACCCGUCCAAGCGCAUCCAUGGCAUGAACGCGCUCCUGCACCGCCAGCGCCAGAUGCUCACGGGCGUUUUCCUCCAAUGCGGCCUCCUCGAGCCGCACGACGACGACAUCCACAAGGUCAACGUCUGCUCGGACAUCACCAAGAUGCUCAUUAGCGAGAGCGUCCGCUUUGUUCGCAUGAACGUCCCGUACCCGGUCCUCGCGGAGGCGGCGUGGAACGUCUCGCUCGGGCGCGAGAUCACGGAGAAGUGGGGCGACAACUACAAGAUCCUCGAGACGAUCGACGCCAACACGGUGUACGUCGAGUACGUGCCCCGGAACGGCGUUGCAGAUGCGUCCGGUGUGCUCUGCGCGCGGUACCUCUACCGGCGCUACUACGAGGACAACCGCGUCGUCAUUGUGUGGAAGUCGAUUUUGGAAGACGAGUGCUACCCCCUCGACGAGAGCGUCAUGCGCGUGCACCAGAGCGGCUGGAUGGUCAUCGAAGGCGACGUCAAGAACCCGUCCCAGUCGCUCUACAAGCUCUUUGUACAGCGCCACUCGCCGACGCGCGCGGGGAAGCUCAUCCACCUCACGGACGUCUUCCAGUUUAUCAUGCCCAACAUCUCGCUCGAGAAGCGUACAACGACGCACGUCACGGACUUUAUCGUGCAGUCGUUCCGCGGGGUCGAGGUCGCCUUUGAGAAGGCGAUCGACGUGGCCGUGCGCAAGCUCACGUACCAUCACCGCCACGACUUUAUGCUCACGCAGGCCGAAAUGUCGCUGUGAACCCGUCGCCCUCUGUCCCUCUAGUGUCUUGUAAAGUACUCGUUAAUGUAUGGCC